UAAUAUUUCUAGUCGGAGGUCAUGAAGAUGAAGCUCAAGACUGUAAAAAGUGUAUCUACAAAGAGGUUCUUUGUUUUUCGUGAGUAAUAUUCAUACAUGCUGCAAAAUCAUGUGAGAAACGACAUAUAGCCGAGUUGAUUUAGUUCGUAAAAAAGUGCCUCAAUUUGUAUGGGCAUUGAGGAACAUGAGGCAUAGAUAGUGACGCACUAAAAUCCAAGAUGAAUCAAAGAUAGAAGGGGCUAUCGAAUGAGGAUCAUGUGCAACAACCACGAUUACUACACUUUUUUUGACGUUGAAUUAUACUUAGUACUUGCAAAUUUGGAUUUGCGUUACAAGAUGAUCUGUGGACUAUGUUGUACUUAGUAUUUUUUUUAAAGAAAUUUGAAAGAUGAAUUCAUGUCCUUUGCAACUUAGGUCCUUAUAACAGACGAUAGUUAGGUGUAGUGAUGAGUGACGGAAACACUGGGUAGAAGUAGGUUUUUGAAGAUUGACGUAAAGUUGUAAGAUUCUUUUCACUGGGUGGCGUUGCCCCUACGUGCGCUUCCGUUUUCUAAGUUUAAAUCAGCUUUUAACUGCAGUAGAAGGUGGUACUAGUUUUUUUCGGUGGUCAGUUCAAGACAGAGGGGGAGGUUCCAUUGUGGAGACGCCUGUGCAUUUUUUUCUCCAUUGUAAGCAAGGAAGACUGUACUAAGACGAGUAAGAUCGAUGUUAUACAACUAUAGCUUAGAAGAUUGAUGAGUGACGUUGAUGCCUAAGCUACGUUGAACGUCUAUGCAAUUUACUAGAAUAAACGAAAAAGGUCGUCAAAGAAAAGAAGAAGCACGUCUUUCUCGCCGCAUUCGAUACAUGCCAGAUGAAGCCUAUAGUUGCCCUUCAUCUGCUGUAACCCUCGUUCUAGAAGAUGCAAAUUUUUUUGUCCUUCAAAAAUUUACCUAUAUAAAUGAGUACUUACGUAGUAUGGUGACAACGACGGACGAUACUACUAAGUGAUUGCCAGACUACAACUACCAACAAUAGUAGCAAAUAACGGAUACAAAAGUAUCGUAUGAUUUGGUCAACAUGAAAGAGAGGGACGAUCUCAGAAGAAGGUUUUCAGAGGGAGCCAGAACGUCGCCAUAAUGGGG